AUGUGCUCUGAAACAGCUCCCCCUCGUUUCUCUUUCUCCCAUGAUGAUCUCUCAGAGGAUGUUCCUCACAAAGACACAUUGCUUGAUAUGGAGUUAAAUCAUGAGUUUGAAUUCAGCACCAGCACAAGCCUUGAGUUUGAAUCAUCUUAUUCUUCAGCAGAUGAGCUAUUCUCUAAUGGGGUGAUACUUCCCAUGCAGACACAAGAAAGAAACACUACCAGGAAACACACACGUUAUGGUGAACCUCCAUAUACGAGACUUCCUCCUCGUCCAUGUACCCCUACCGUUGACAGAAUGAAGAAAAAGAGCAUUAGAGAAGUUCUUGAUGUAAAUCCUGUUUAUGAGAAAAAAACACAGUCUAUGCCUCUCUGGGGAUUCAGUAGAAGCAAAAGUUUCAGCUGUGAUACAAACAAAAGCUUGAUAUGUUCUUCACCUCCUUUGUCACGUAGCAACUCAUCUGGUUCAGCUCUAAAUCCAAAGAGAAUGAUUUCAAACAAGCAGCCAUCAUCAGCAGCUAAGUCAUUAUCAUCUUCAUGUUCUACCUUAAAUUUGUAUCCAAUGCAAAAGUCUCCUUCAGGUAAGAGUUAUGGAGGAUCCUAUGCCAAUGGUCUUUGGAUUAGUCCUGUCUUAAACGUACCUACUCCUUACAUUUCUAAAGGAAGUGCAAGUUUAUUUGGGUUGGGUUCAUUUUUACGUGUUGGGAAGGCUAAGAAGAGCAAGAAUUGA